GCAUAUAGCAAUCAAUGUUCAACCGUAGUGCUUUCGGUUCACUGAAAUUUGAACAUUUUCUUACUAAACACAUCGUUAUCACUUGAUGAAAAAUAACCUCUGCGCAAUGAGAGCGGAAGUGGCUUAGCUGGCUGAGAUUUUAGCGGAAGUACGUCAUCGCCUGCAUAUACCCCAUUUCCGUGGAGAGGAAAAUCAGCGUGAAUGAAUUCUCACCUGAAUGGUGAAGUUGUUUACUUUACAUCAUUUGAUCAAAUAAAGCUCGCAGAGAUGAAUUUAUGAUGGGUCCAGCUUUACAACAGCGACAAUACGCAGGGUUUAGAAAAAAGAUGGUCUAUAUUUAGCAUAACUGAUAUUUGGUAAAGUGUUAGCAUAAUGUUAAAUAAAUGUUAUAUAAAUGUUUUUUUUUCUCUGAAACGCACAUUAUAGGUUUUACAUUCAAACGCUUCAUACCUCCUCAACUUUAUGUAUUUACAUAUACAUAUAUGCAUUCAUCAGCAAAAAUAUAUAUUCUGACAAACCUCCAAAAUGCCAAGAACAACACACUAUCACAUACACAUAAUAGGUAAGAUUAAGCUUGGACAUUAGUUGCAUGGCCUUGAUAAAGGUUCAAAUUAGCAUUUAUCUAUAAACACAUGAAUUUUCAAGUGUUCAAGUGAAUGAAAUAAAAACAUGGAUGUAGGAUAACAGUGAAAGAUAGGCCUAUAGUCUACCAUCUUAAUGCUUUCUGUAUGCAUGUUAAAGAGUACGACCAUACUCACUUUUCCUGUGGUAUCUGCCUGGAACAUUCACCACGGUUCAGCAUCCUUGUUUAUUGAUUAAUUAAUUUUUAAUGUAUAAAAUCAAGCAAAAGAAUGCGCGAAUCUGUACACGGGAGGAGGGAGAUGUGACGGUGACGUCAUCAGUCGCACUUCGUUCCGUUAACUUGUUGGGAAAAGAGCGAGGCGAGCUGCUUGGCACAGAGUGGAGAGAGCGCACGGAGAAUUAAAUCCGUACACGAUCUCGUGAUGUGCAGAGAGACAGAUGAGAGACACCGACCACCAUAGAUUUGUGGAGAUACCCGCGAUAGCCAGAGCGAAGCUUGGUAAAGUCAAGAAAGCUACCAUUGGAAGCGCAACUGACACAGUAUGGAAAACACCACACGCCUGUUCGACCCAAAUCCAACAUGUAACUUUAGCAUGUACUUAUAUUACGACUCUCCGAAUCGGAGCGAUUUGAACUGUACGCCUCCCGCUGACUACUUUUACGCAGAUCUGUAUGUGGUCCUCCCGGUUAUUUACUCCGUCAUAUGUGCGGUAGGUCUGACGGGCAACACGGCGGUCAUCUAUGUGAUCCUGAAGGCACCCAAAAUGAAGACGGUGACCAACAUGUUUAUUCUCAACUUGGCGAUCGCAGAUGACCUCUUCACUUUAGUUUUGCCCAUCAACAUAGCCGAGCAUCUGUUACACUACUGGCCAUUCGGCGACGUGCUGUGCAAAAUCAUUUUAAGCAUCGACCAUUAUAAUAUCUUCUCAAGCAUCUACUUUCUGACCGUUAUGAGCGUAGACAGGUACCUGGUGGUGCUGUCGACGGUGCGCUCCAAGCGCAUGCCGUACCGCACAUACCGGGCUGCUAAAAUAGUCAGUCUGUGCGUGUGGCUGCUGGUGAUCCUCAUUGUGAUGCCCUUCACAGUGUUCGCAGGAGUGUACAUCAGUCCCGAGAGGAAAAGCUGCGUGCUGAGUUUCCCCAGCCCUGAAAGUUUAUGGUUCAAAGCGAGCAGGAUAUAUACCCUCAUUUUGGGCUUCGCCAUCCCGGUGUCUACAAUUUGCAUUCUUUACACCAUGAUGCUGUACAAAUUAAGAAACAUGCGGCUGAACACCAACGCCAAAGCGCUAGACAAAGCAAAGAAAAAAGUGACUAUAAUGGUGUUCAUCGUACUGGCCGUGUGCCUGUUCUGUUGGACGCCUUUUCACCUUAGCACCAUCGUAGCGCUAACCACGGACCUCCGGACCACACCGCUUCUCAUCGGGAUUUCGUAUUUUAUCACCAGCCUGAGCUACGCCAACUCUUGUCUGAACCCAUUCCUUUACGCAUUCCUCGACGACAGUUUCAGAAAAGCCUUCAAGAAAAUGUUAGAAUGUAGACCUGCAUGAAUGUAACCAACUUUUAAUCAACUUACAACUACAUUUCAGUGGGUUCGGCGGAUUUGAAAGUACGCCAGUGUCCAGUGAGCAGCUCGUGUAGGCAAGUUUACUAGAUUUGUGUUGUCUCAGCCACUUCUUUUCUCUUAUUACACAAUAAGAACAUUAUUUUCCUGGCAGUAAAUUCAAGUAUGAGCGUUUGUCUCCCUCUCGUGCUUCUCAAUCGCCUGUGCUUUCUUUAUAGUGAAAUAUAAUGGGACUGAAAUAUUUUGAAAUGUACUGUAGCAACGUUGAAACAUUAAUGUCUGCCAAGAGGGCCUUAGAAACUGCAAUUAGCGAACUAUUAAAACUGCGUUAUCAUUGCUGACGUCACGGCAUCAUGUGCUCAAGCAGGGGCUGUGUGUAUAUAUUUGUAUAGUCCUGCUUUUGUCACAUGGAGCAUCAUCAGAGUUAUUCUCUUUCGUAAUGAAUACAAUGUAAAGCAUUUAUGCUUGUGUUUAUCAAGAUGUGUUGGAUUAAUAAUACUUUAAUACGCUGAAAUGCUGUGAUGCGAGCUUUGCUUGCUGGGAUGCAAAUUUGAUAUCAUGCAGACCAACACAAUGAAGCAUGUAACAUUGCCUUUUCAAUAGAUGUUGUAAAUAAAAUGA